AUGAUCUCAUAUCUCUAUCUAUCGUCAAAUGGGUACUUUGGUGAUCAAUUGUGCGAGCUUUUCUUCCCGGGAGCUAGACGAUGUUUUGUCUCAGCCACACGAGGAGAGGCCAGUAUCCACUUCAUCCAGGUGCUGCUGGACUUCGUUGUGCUGAUACUUUCUAGUAUUCUGUGCAUUGUUGCAAUGCGUAUAUCCAUUAUGGUAAAAGGCUCAGGCAAUGGUGUUAAUCGCAAGUUGGAAUCUCCGAUCAGGUGGCUUGGAGUGCUGAUGGCUUUAUGUGGAUUGGCGGUGCUGGAACAGGCCAUAAGCUUCUUUCGGACGUCUUCUGAGCAGGAUAAUCCGAUGCAUCCAAUGGUCGUCGUCUAUAUGGCGCUUUAUCAUAUGGCUUUAGCCAUUGGUCUCAUUGUUUUUCCUCUCUACCAGGUUAUCUGCUCUGAGAAACUAGCUUUUCAUCCCAUGUCCCAAACUACGCUCUUGAUCAUGUCUGUUGUUCGAUUCGUGGAGAUUCUAACUCAACUAGACUAUCGAGGAACUGGUGAAGACCUUUCACCUGCGUGGAAGGUUCAUCAGAUAGCUGACUUCAUUGCGAUGGGAAGUCAUUUUGCGACUGCUGUGUUGACGAUCCGACUAAUGGGAAAUAGCAUAGCAGAGCCAGACGCUGACGAACUUCGAUUCAAUAAUCCACUAACUUUGGAAGAGAACGGAGAUUAUUUGCAACUUAGGCAUCAAGAAGAGACCUAA